UCUCUCUCUCUCUCUCUCUCUCUCUCUCUCUCUCUCUCUCUCUCUCUCUCUCUCUCUCUCUCUCUCUCUCUCCCUCCCUCCCUCCCUUCCUUUCAAAAGCAGUGUUCUUCUGGUAACUGAUGAAACAUACAAGUGAGAGUCUGUGAGCCCAUUUUAUCGUUAUGUUUUUCAUGCUGUAUUUGGAUAUAUAGAGAAUAUCUUGCUUGAAGAGAAUGUGAUAAAUUACAAAGAAUGAAAGUCCAUCUAAAGAUUCUCUCUGUUUUUACAGUUAUGACUGGUGUGUUGAUGAAGUCUGGAAAUGUUUAUGAAGUAACGGUGGGUGAAACAGUGGAGAUCAGAUGUUCAUAUCCAGAAGACCAUAAAUAUACACCCAAGUACUUUUGCCGUCAUCCCUGUAAAUCAUCUGAACAUGUUUUGAUUAAAAGUGAAAAGGUUGAUCAGGUCGACUCAGCUGGAAGAUACUCUUUGAUUAAUAUUGUGAAUGGGCUGUUCUUUUCUGUAACCAUCAAACAUCUCAAGCUCACAGACUCUGGUGUUUAUUACUGUGGACUUGAUCAAUGGUUCAGAGACACACUGAAGAAAGUUGUUCUCUCUGUCUAUCCAGCUCCCGUGAACGGAUCUACACACACCUCUGAAAACACACAUGUAACGUCAACAUGGACAACAGCACUCACCUGGACAGGAACAUCCACCUCUCUCUCAGAUAAAUCUAGUCCGUAUGAGCAAGUCUCUGCAGCAUCGCCAACUGUCCAAUCAAAGGGAAUGACAAUACUGGAUGACUUUGUCAGCGUGCCUGUGGUUUGUGCAGGUGUUCUGGUGUUGCUGGUGUUUGGGGUUCUUGUGCCUUUAAUGUCUUUCUGGAGGAAAACAGAUUUCAAGUCCACAUGUCUGAAAUCAGCUGUUCCUGAAACUGAAACAGUUCAAGAUUCACCAGAUCUCAACCAGGACUCCCAGACUGUAUACAAUGUCAAUCACCUCUAUGAAGAAAUUGUAAACGAGUACAGUCUGUCUGGACCAGCUAGAGAUGGCGAUUGUUCUGUAGUAUAUUCCACUGUGCAGCCUUGUGAUCCUGCUUCUCAGAAUGACGAGAACACAUUGUAUUCACUUAUCACCCAGCACUGAGAAAACUGACUAGAUCACUGUCAUUCUCUCACUCCUAAGACCCUGCUGAAACGGUGCACGUGAAAAGAAAACACCCCCUAACAUCGGUGGAGGGUCUGACAUGUGGGUCGGGCUGUGGAAUUAAAGUGAAGCUGAGAAAAUGUGUAUUUGCUUAACAGAUUGUGUUUUUUCUUUGUCUGACUAAACUUUUAAAGAUCCAUGGUGUUUUAAACCUUUUUGUCAUUUAGACAGAUGGUGUGUAUUAUUAUGAGACUUUAUUUUCUUCUUGUUUUUUCUUGUUUUUUUCCGGUCUAAUUUUCUUCUGAGAGGAAUAGUCAAAUAUAGAUUAUUUUUUUACAUGAAUUAAAAUAAAAGAAUUGUUUGAUGCCCGUGACUUAGUUUGGAAUAAAAAGCUGUUCAAAUUAGAGUGGGCAAGACCAUUCUGAUAAAAUCUUGUAUAUAAUUUGUGUGAUAUUUGUGUAGACUGAAAACUGUAAACAGCGCUAAUAAAAAUAUUUUUAUCCAAA